AUGCAACAUCAAUAUUUAGAUAUACUGGUCUUAAACAAAACUCGUCUUGAUGAAACUAUUAGUAAUUCUGAAAUAUCAAUUGAUAAAUAUACGUUUGUUAGGAACGAUCGAACACGACACAGAGGCGGUGUAGCUAUGUAUAUCCGAAAUUCAAUUCAUUUUAAUCUCAGAAAUUAUCUUCAUGAUGAAGCCCUUGAGUUUCUGUGCGUUGAGAUCAGUAAACCUAAAGUUAAACUAUUUCUAAUAUCAACGUGGUACAGACCUCCUAAUUCUUGCAAGGAUCUCUUUGACAAACUUCAGGUAAUUUUAGAUAAAAUUGAGUUCCUUGGUAUUGAAAAUAAUAUCAUUUGUGAUUUAAAUUGUAACAUGAGUGCAUCUAUUGCACAUAAUAAUACUAAACAUUUACUUGAACUAAGUGAGUCAUAUCAAUAUACUCAACUUAUUAAGGAGUCAACUAGAGUUACAAAUAGCUCAUCGACGUUAAUCGAUUUCUUUCUUACUAAUGAACCGAACAACUUUACUUCUGCGGGAGUUAUAGUUCUAGGUAUCAGCGACCAUAACUUAAUUUAUGCUAUCAGAAAACACUCUGGUGUUAAAUCUAAACCUAUAACUAUCAAAUCCCGCAGUUAUAAAAAUUUUGAUGAAACUUCAUUCAAGCAUGACAUUGAUGCUAUUCCUUGGCAGUACAUAGUUUCCUUAGAUGAUCCUAUAAAUGCUUGGCAAAUUUGGAAAAACUAUUUCUUGAUGUUGCUGAUAAGCAAGCUCCAGUCCAACAAAGAAGAAUGA